AUGCCUGUCACCAAUUUCGCCGUCCCAGAGAAAUACCAAUACCUCGAAGGAUUUGGCAAUCAUCAACAGUCGGAAGCAUUUCCUGGCGCCAGCCCCGUAGCAUGCAGCAAUCCUCAGAAGCCGCCUCUCGGCCUGGUCACUGAGCGCAUCUCUGGAAGUUCGUUUACAUCGCCGCGCAGCCAUACCUUGCAGACGUGGCUGUAUCGAGCAAAACCCUCCACCAGACAUAGUGAAUUCCAACCAUAUGGCUCCAAUGCGGAGACGCCCAAAGCACACAUGACCCCCAAUGCUUUGCGGUGGAUGUCUUUUCCCGUCGAACGAGGCGCGGACUGGACACAGACGGCCCUGCUGGCAUACUCGGGAGACGCCACCCUCAAAACGGGGCUGGCGAUUCACCUUUACGCCAUCACCGAGGACAUGAAGACGGCGCACGCUUUCUCCUCCCUAGACGGUGAUAUGCUCGUCAUUCCGCAAUCGGGAGCCCUCGACAUUCAGACCGAAAUGGGACACCUGCUGGUCCGACAGAACGAAAUUGCCAUGAUUCCCCGAGGUGUCCGUCACCGGGUCACGCUCCCUCACGGCCCCUCGCGGGGAUUCAUCUGUGAGUUGUUCCAGGGACACUUUCGCCUGCCCGAGUUGGGACCCAUCGGAUCAUGCUCGUUGGCGAACAUCCGUGACUUUCAAGUUCCCGUGGCGACCUUUGAUGGGAAGCUCGAAGCUGGACGGGUCAGGGGAAAUGACCGGGAAUGGACCAUUAUUUCACGAUUAGGGGGAAACUUCUUCUGCUGCACGCAGGAUCAUACGCCGUUUGACGUCGCCGCGUGGAACGGGACAUUUUACCCCUUCAAAUACGACCUGGCACGUUUCUGCGUGCUCGGGAACACCCUGUUCGACCACGCCGAUCCCAGUAUCUUCACGGUGCUGACCGCGCCCUCCUACCGCGAGCCCGGGACCGCCGUGGUCGAUUUCGCAAUCAUCCCUCCACGCUGGAACGUCAUGGAAGACACGUACUGGCUGCCCUACUAUCACCGGAACACCAUGGCCGAGUUCUCUGGGGCCAUCAUCACCAACCAGGACCCCGGCUGUCCGUGGAACCAAGGUCUUCACUUUCAACCCUACGGAGCCACGCUGAACUCAGCCAUGGCAUGCCAUGGGGCGACUAGCGAGGCCCAUCGAGCCGCCGAGGAGCAGGACACGACCCCCAAGAAGGUGCAGACCGAUGGCUUCACCAUCUUCUUGCUAGAGACCGAGUGUCCACUGUGGGUUUCCCAUUGGGCCGUAGAGUGGUUGAAACCCCGGGGAGAUAAGCCCAGAAUGUGA